UGCAGGGGAAAAGCCUGGGGGAAUCAUGCUUUAAUUAAUUUCACAGUCUGUUUUGAAACCUCCACAACUGCCUUCUCACCCUGCCAGGCUGCAGAAUGAUGUCCAUGUUUCACUCCAGUUCAUCCCAGCCUCCCAUGGGACAGGGGAGAGAAAUGGCUGCAGAGGGGUCAGUCCAGGGGCCGGUAACCUUCGAGGAGGUGGCUGUGUAUUUCACCAGGGAAGAAUGGGCUCUGCUGGACCCCACUCAGAGAGCCCUCUAUUGGGAUGUCAUGCAGGAGAACUAUGAGAAAGUGACCUUGCUGGGGUUUCUAGUUUCCAAAUCUGAUGUGAUCUCCCAGCUGGAACAAGGGGAAGAGCCCUGGGUCCCAGACCUCCAGGGUUCAGAGGAAAGAGAGAUCCUGAGAGCUCCCUGCACAGAUGAGGAAACAUUAAACCAACUCAGAAUCUCAGGUGAUGCAAUGGUAUAUGAGAAAGAGGAGCAGAAUUCUCAGCAGGAAAAUGUUGAGCAAGUGGAUAAACACAGAGCAUUGUCGCAAAGAUCAAAAAGGAAUGUGUCCAGGAGUUAUGAGAAGGAAAAAUCCUGUGAGAUACAGCACAGACCAGAAAGAGAGCAAGGACACCAGCCAGGGGAGAAAAUGGGUAAAUUUAUUUCCUGUUGGGGAACUCAGAAGAGUGUCAAGGAAACCACAACACAGCAGGAAAUCCUCAUGGGAAAGAGGAAAAAUACAUGCAGCGAGUGUGGAAAAUGCUUCACUCAAAGAUCAGCCCUUUCUGUACAUCAGAGAAUCCACACAGGGGAGAGGCCCUAUGAAUGCCGUGAGUGUGGGAAAAACUUCACUUACAGAUCAGUCCUUUUUAACCAUCAGAGAAUCCACACAGGGGAGAGGCCCUAUGAAUGCUGUGAGUGUGGGAAAAGCUUCACUCACAGCUCAGCCCUUUCCAGCCAUCAGAGAAUCCACACAGGGGAGAGGCCCUAUGAAUGCUGUGAGUGUGGGAAAAGCUUCACUCGCAGCUCUCACCUUACUGGGCAUCAGAGAAUCCACACAGGAGAGAGGCCCUAUGUAUGCAGUGAAUGUGGGAAAAGCUUCACUCACAGCUCAGCCCUUUCUAAACAUCAGAGAAUCCACACAGGGGAGAGGCCCUAUGAAUGCCGUGAGUGUGGGAAAAGCUUCACUCACAGCUCAGCCCUUUCUAAACAUCAGAGAAUCCACACAGGGGAGAGGCCGUAUGAAUGCCAUGAGUGUGGGAAAACCUUCACUCAAAGAUCAGGCCUUUCUGCACAUCAGAGAAUCCACACAGGGGAGAGGCCCUAUGAAUGCUGUGAGUGUGGGAAAAGCUUCACUCAUAGCUCAGCCCUUUCUAAACAUCAGAGAAUCCACACAGGGGAGAGGCCCUAUGAAUGCCGUGCGUGUGGGAAAAGCUUCACUCACAGCUCUCAUCUUAUUGGGCAUCAGAGAAUGCACACAGGGGAGAAGCCCUAUGAAUGCCGUGAGUGUGGGAAAACCUUCACUCAAAGAUCAGGCCUUUCUAAACAUCAGAGAAUCCACACAGGGGAGAGGCCCUACGAAUGCCAUGAGUGUGGGAAAAACUUCAUUACCAGCUCAGCCCUUUCCAGCCAUCAGAGAAUCCACACAGGGGAGAGGCCCUAUGAAUGCUGUGAGUGUGGGAAAAGCUUCACUCACAGCUCAGCCCUUUCUUACCAUCAGAGAAUUCACACAGGGGAGAAGCCCUAUGAAUGCAGUGAGUGUGGGAAAACCUUCAUUAGCAGCUCAGGCCUUUCUAAACAUCAGAGAAUCCACACAGGGGAGAGGCCUGAGGAACCACCUGAUCAGCAUCUUGUACAGCAGACAGGAGAAGAUCAAGCAUGAGCUCUCAAAACUGGAGACUCUCACACAAAUCCAACCUUCCACACAAACUUCCACAUGGCUGGACUUGACAAAAAUGAGAUAAGCCAUU